AUGAAGCUGAUGGAGUUUAAUUGGUCUGACCAAUGUCUACAUUUCGCCUGUCCAGAGAGAUCUGCAUCUCCUGCAGUUCAUGUCUUACUGUAUGUGUGUUCAGCUGCUGUGGUUCUGCUAACAGUGUGUGGAAAUCUGCUCGUCAUCAUCUCUGUGUUUCACUUCAAGCAGCUUCAUACACCGACUAACCUGCUUGUGCUCUCUCUGGCUGUGUCGGAUUUCCUCAUCGGUGCUUUAUUGAUGCUUCCAGAGUUAAUCUGGAUGAUUGAGUCAUGCUGGAUCUUUGGGAAAAGUUUCUGCAUCAGCUUUUGGUUAAUUGGUGUCUUCAUCAUGGACUUCUCCAUUUAUAAUAUUGCUCUGAUCGCUGUAGAUCGGUAUGUGGCUGUCUCAAACCCAUUUCUUUACACAUACAAAAUGUCCGGGAGAAUUAUGUGCAUUAUGGUUUAUUCAAACUGGUCUGUGUGUCUAGCAUAUACUAUAUCAUUUUAUUAUUUUAAUGAAGGCUCUAAGAAUAUUCUAGCGUGUCCUGGACAGUGUAUUCUCUCCUUGAAUCAAGAUUGGUCUGUAAUUGAUCUUGUUUUUUCAUUUAUAUUUCCACUUUCUGUCAUAAUAAUAUUGUAUACUCAGGUUUUUCUGAUUGCUAAGAAACAUGCCACUGCUAUCAGAGAGCUUAAUAAUCACACACAGCCUAAAACACAGAAAAUCACCUCACACUCAAUGAAAUCUGAAAGAAAAGCAGCUAAAGUCCUCGGCAUUCUAGUAUCUGUGUUUUUAGCCUGUAUACUUCCAUAUUGUAUUUACAGUUUGUUAGGAUAUGUUAUUGAACUACAGGCAGAAACAUUUCAUAAACUCAUGAUCUUGGUUUAUCUCAAUUCCACCAUUAAUCCGUUUCUUUAUGCUAUGUUUUACCCAUGGUUUAGGAGGUGCAUUAAAAUAAUUAUAACUCUGCAAAUAUUCCAAACAGACUCUGCAUUAAUCAAUGUUCUUUCAUGA